ACUCUCUUGGGUAGUCUGGAACAUGGAGUGGGUGUCAGCCGUGCAAAACAUACUGUUUUUCUGUAUAGACCUAAACUAGAAUUUGAUCUUAGGUUCCAGCGAUUAUAAACAGUUUUGUCACUUACAUAAGCAGCUGGUGGGGUGGAGUGGGGGCUGCGGUCAGGGUGAUCAUGUAUGGACCAAUCUGGCACCUGCAGCCCGCUUGAAAGGCCAGCCAGUCCCCGUCCCCAGACAACCGAAAACGCUGCCACAAUUCUUAGAGUGUCUCCAGGAGUCCCACUGAGAAUUCCCCAAGCUGCUGACAGUCAAGCCUGAGUUCCUUUGCUCGACAUUCAAGGCCCUUAGGGACCUGGCCCAGGUUGACCUCCGCUCCAUUCAUUCACGGGCCAUCCCACUAGCCCACUUGGUCAUUCAAAUGUGCAGCCGGGCCCUGCCUGACCCCCUGCCCUCGGGACCUUGCACACCCAAGACGCAGCCGACGAGCAGGGUGCCCAGCACGUGGACAGGGCUGCGGUGCAGGGCCCCGGGGGCUGUGAGGGUCCAGAGGAAACCUCCUUCUGGCCCGGGCAGGGGAAGACUUCCUACAGGAAGUGUCACCUGAGCCAAGUGCGAAGGCCGGACUGGCAGGGACCAGGCAGGCAGGGUGUUCCGAGCUGAGACCUGAGCACCGGCAAUCACGGGGCGCCGGGGGCAGGGACUGAGAGAGUGUCUCCCUGGGGGCCGAAGUUAGCAGCACCCGGGAAAAACCUCUGGUGGAAUGGAUGGGGGGGAACGUGACAGGAAGCCACAGACGGCUUCUCAGCCCCAGAGCGACGAGACCAGAUUUGCCACAUGAAAAAACUGCCUGUGACAGCUCAGGCUGGAAGCACGUUGAGGGGGGCCGAGCCCUCACCCCACUACACGCUCCCUCGUCUGCUCUCGGCUCCUGCUUCUGCACCUCCACGCUGCCUGGCGUGCCUCUUCUCCCUGCUCUCGACCGAAGCCCUUCUUGGCUUUCGAGUCCCAGCCCAAACACCCCGUGGGUCCCGGCCACUUGCGGGUGUGGACGGAAGAGCCUGGCCUUGGCUGUCAGACGCGAAUCCCACACCCUCAGAGACAGCCGAGCUGGGUCUGUAGUCAAGCGUCAAACCCUGCUGGAGCCUCCGCUUCUGUCCCUAAAUGUCCCUGAGCCGCUGUAAGGACUGCUGGUGAUACGACCUUCACCCCUGGCCCCCCGACUCCAAGCACUUGGUGAAUGUUAAUUCUGUCCAGGGCCGCUCCGCCCAGGACCCAACCUCCCAACUCCCUGGGCUGGAGAGGGGCGCGGGACCCUCACUCAUUUUGGAGUUUGUGCCUCAGAGCAGUUUACUCCUUCCCAUUAGCUCCGGAAAGGGAGGCUGCUUCUCCCAUUGUACAGAUGAGACCACUGAGGCUCAGAGCUGUGUUGGAUCACGCCACCUAGAUUGGAAGCCAGAGCUAUGCCUCACCAAAAACUGGCCUCAUUUAACGUCUGUGGGCAUUCCUCAAUGAACCCCGCUCUGGAAUUGCCCAGGGGCCCCAGGAAAGACUGACCUGUCCUCCUGCCUCUGUCCCACGCUGCUCCUCCUGCCCCAUGCCUGCCUGCGUCCUCUCUGCCCAGCUCACCAUCCCUGGAAUCUGCGUGGCAGGCACUGGUCAGUUCUCGGGACUGGCCUCUGAUUCCCAGCAUCCUUUGCUCUGGGGGCGUCCCCCGAAGCUGGGUUUCUUUCUUUGCCCCUGUUCCUCAUCCAUCCAUCAGGUCAUCCCUUCUAGAGCUGAGAAGGACUCAGUCCCAGUCCCUGCCCUCCAAGAGCUCCAGGUCUGAGAAUGAUGGGCUUCCUGGAGGAGGCACGUUGUAUAUAGGCAGGAGCACGCCUGCCAGGCAAGCUCGGGGCCUCAGACUCCUCCAUGGCAGGAGUACACCGAACUGAGAGCGCUUGAGGCAGCCAGUCUGUUUAAGUGUCCGAGGCACUGGAUGAGCUGAAAAGUAAGGCUGAAAAGAGAAAACAUUCCAGGCAGGCUUCCUGGAGGAGGGGUCUUUUGGAGGAGGAGCCUGUGUCUGAGUCUUCUCCCAGGGGCCUAAGGAAAGUCUAGCCCGAUUUAAGAGAAAAAAAAAAAAAACUAAGGGAGAAAAUGAGAAGGGAAAGUGGCGGGGGCAGAGGAGCGGGGGAACCGCACAGAGCGCAGAGGUCACAGCCAGGACAGGCUAGGAUGCGUGACCCUGAGGGAGGAAGAGAGGAGGAGGAAGGAGACCACCAAGGGGUGGAAAGGUGGGUGGCAGGUCAAAUGCCCUGGAGAAAUCAGGGACGCGGCAGGAGCCCGGGCAGGGAGAGGGGGCUGGAGAAGUGGAGGGCGCAGAGUCCGAAAGAGAAGUGAGAAGAAGGGUGAGUCCACCCCCAAACUAGCCUCCCCCCAACCCCCUUCUCCCCUCCCACAGCCACCAGAGCCCCAGGCACACUCUGUCCCCUUGGGCCUGGCAUCACGGUCUCCUGCGUGACAGUGGGACAGUAGGUGGAGGGUUGGGAGGACAGAGCCCCCUCCUCUGGGGCAGGGAGCCCAGACUCCAGCACGCCCACCUCUCCUGGUGUCCCCAUGUCGGAGAAGGAGGCUGGCAGGUGGCUGAGGGGAGGCAGAAUCGGAAGGCAGUGAUGGAGGGCAGCAAGGAGCGCUUCCACUGGCAGAGCCACAACGUGAAGCAGAGCGGCGUGGACGACAUGGUGCUGCUGCCCCAGAUCACCGAGGAUGCCAUCGUGGGCAACCUGCGCAAACGCUUCAUGGACGACUACAUCUUUACCUACAUUGGCUCCGUGCUCAUCUCCGUAAACCCCUUCAAGCAGAUGCCUUACUUCACUGACCGCGAGAUCGACCUCUACCAGGGCGCAGCUCAGUACGAGAAUCCCCCGCACAUCUACGCCCUCACGGACAACAUGUAUCGCAACAUGCUCAUCGACUGUGAGAACCAGUGUGUUAUCAUCAGUGGAGAGAGUGGAGCUGGGAAGACCGUGGCAGCCAAAUACAUCAUGGGCUACAUCUCCAAGGUGUCUGGCGGGGGCGAGAAGGUCCAGCAUGUGAAGGAUAUCAUCCUGCAAUCAAACCCACUGCUGGAGGCCUUCGGCAACGCCAAGACCGUGCGCAACAACAAUUCCAGCCGCUUUGGCAAGUACUUUGAGAUCCAGUUCAGUCGUGGCGGGGAGCCGGACGGGGGCAAGAUCUCCAACUUCCUGCUAGAGAAAUCCCGUGUGGUCAUGCAGAACGAAAACGAGAGGAACUUCCACAUCUACUAUCAGGUGCAAGGAAAGGGCCGUGAGGCUGGAGCCGAGGGAGAGCCAAGGGGAGACGGUGGGAGGCUGCUGGAAGGAGCCUCCCAGGAGCAGCGACAAAACCUGGGGCUCAUGACCCCCGACUACUAUUACUACCUCCAAUCGGACACCUACAAGGUGGAUGGCACCGACGACCGGAGUGACUUCAACGAGACUUUGAAUGCCAUGCAGGUCAUCGGGAUCCCGCCCAACGUCCAGCAGCUGGUCCUGCAGCUGGUGGCGGGAAUCUUGCACUUGGGAAACAUCAGCUUCUGUGAGGAUGGGAAUUACGCCCGGGUAGAGAGUGUGGACCUGCUGGCCUUUCCCGCCUACCUGCUGGGCAUCGACAGCGGGCGGCUGCAGGAGAAGCUCACCAGCCGUAAGAUGGACAGCCGCUGGGGUGGACGCAGCGAGUCCAUCGACGUGACCCUCAAUGUGGAGCAGGCAGCCUACACCCGCGACGCCCUGGCCAAGGGGCUCUAUGCCCGUCUCUUUGACUUUCUUGUGGAGGCCAUCAACCGCGCUAUGCAGAAGCCCCAGGAGGAGUACAGUAUCGGUGUGCUCGACAUCUAUGGCUUUGAGAUCUUCCAGAAAAACGGCUUUGAGCAGUUCUGCAUCAACUUUGUCAAUGAGAAGCUGCAGCAAAUCUUUAUCGAACUCACCCUGAAAGCUGAGCAGGAGGAGUACGUCCAAGAGGGCAUCCGCUGGACCCCCAUCCAGUACUUCAACAACAAAGUGGUCUGCGACCUCAUUGAAAACAAGCUGAGCCCCCCGGGCAUCAUGAGCGUCCUGGACGACGUGUGCGCCACCAUGCAUGCCACCGGCGGCGGCGCCGACCAGACCCUGCUGCAGAAGCUGCAGGCGGCCGUGGGCACCCACGAGCACUUCAACAGCUGGAGCUCGGGCUUCGUCAUCCACCACUACGCGGGCAAGGUCUCCUAUGAUGUUAACGGUUUCUGUGAGCGGAACCGGGACGUUCUCUUCUCUGACCUCAUAGAGCUGAUGCAGACCAGUGAGCAGGCCUUCCUCCGGAUGCUCUUUCCUGAGAAGCUGGAUGUGGACAAGAAGGGCCGGCCCAGCACGGCUGGCUCCAAGAUCAAGAAACAAGCCAAUGACCUGGUGGGCACGCUGAAGAGAUGCACCCCCCACUACAUCCGCUGCAUCAAGCCCAAUGAGACCAAGAAGCCCCGUGACUGGGAGGAGGGCAGGGUCAAGCACCAGGUGGAGUACCUAGGCCUAAAGGAGAACAUCAGGGUGCGCCGGGCUGGCUUCGCCUACCGCCGCCAGUUCUCCAAGUUCCUGCAGAGGUACGCCAUCCUGACCCCUGAGACGUGGCCCCAGUGGCGCGGGGAUGAACGUCAGGGGGUCCAGCACCUGCUCCGGGCGGUCAACAUGGAGCCAGACCAGUACCAGAUGGGGAGCACCAAGGUCUUUGUCAAGAACCCCGAGUCGCUCUUCCUUCUGGAGGAGAUGCGAGAGCGCAAGUUCGAUGGCUUUGCCCGCACCAUCCAGAAGGCCUGGAGGCGCCAUGUGGCAGUCCGGAAGUACGAGGAGAUGCGAGAGGAAGCUUCCAACAUCCUGCUGAACAAGAAGGAGCGGAGACGGAACAGCAUUAAUCGGAACUUCGUCGGGGACUACCUAGGGCUUGAGGAGCGGCCAGAGCUGCGUCAGUUCCUGGCCAAGAGGGAACGCGUGGACUUCGCCGACUCGGUCACCAAGUAUGACCGCCGCUUCAAGCCCAUCAAAAGGGACUUGAUCCUGACGCCCAAGUGUGUGUAUAUAAUCGGACGGGAGAAGGUGAAGAAGGGACCAGAGAAGGGCCAGGUGCGUGAGGUCCUGAAGAAGAAGCUGGAGAUCCAGGCCCUCCGGGGAGUUUCCCUCAGCACGAGGCAGGACGACUUCUUCAUCCUCCAAGAAGACGCCGCCGACAGCUUCCUGGAGACCGUCUUCAAGACCGAGUUCGUCAGCCUCCUGAGCAAGCGCUUCGAGGAGGCGGCGCGGAGGGCGCUGCCCCUCACCUUCAGCGACACACUACAGUUCCGGGUGAAGAAGGAGGGCUGGGGCGGAGGUGGCACCCGCAGUGUCACUUUCUCCCGUGGCUCCGGCGACUUGGCGAUACUCAAGGCUAGCGGCCGGACCCUCACAGUCAGCGUGGGCGACGGGUUGCCCAAAAGCUCCAAGCCUACACGGAAGGGAAUGGCCCAGGGAAGACCUCGAAGGUCAGCGCAGGCCCCUACCCGGGCAGCACCGGGGCCUCCCAGAGGCCUGGGCCACAAUGGGGUGCCUCCUGCUGCCAGAAGUAGGCCCCUGCCCGUGGAGAUCACAUCUGGAAGGGGCUCCCAGCAGCCCUUCCGGGGCCCUCCAUCCUCAGCCCUGAGGGCCAGUAGACGCCCCCGGGCACGGCCCCCCUCAGAACACAACACAGAAUUCCUUAACGUGCCUGACCAGGGUGUGGCAGGCAUGCAGAGAAAGCGCAGCGUGGGGCAGCGACCUGAGCCGGGCGUUGGCCGACCCAAGCCCCAACCUCGGAUGCAUGGCCCGCGGUGCCGGGCACUGUAUCAGUACGUGGGCCAAGAUGUGGACGAGCUGAGCUUCAACGUGAACGAGGUUAUCGAGAUCCUCAUGGAAGAUGCCUCAGGCUGGUGGAAGGGCCGGCUGCACGGCCAGGAGGGCCUCUUCCCAGGAAACUACGUGGAGAAGAUCUGAGAGGGGGCCCAGAUUCUGCCUCCUGCCUGCCCGCCUUUCUGCCGGGGAACCAGGCCCCUCCGGCCAGGGCCUCACUUUCCUUGGCUGCAUUAGCCAGAAGGUCCUGCCCAGUGGCCUCCAGCCCAGCCCAGCCUAACUCAGGCCCUGGGUCUGGGAGUCACCACCGCAGCCCCCCCAGGGCCCCGGCCACCCCCAUGUCACACACGUUGCCUCCUGUGUCAAACAGGGCUAACAGCAUGAAUCUACCUCCCAGCUGCCUUGUGAGUAUAAAUGAGUAACGUCCUGUCGGCAAAGUGCCAAGCACAGUUGGGGACACCUUGACAAGCAAGACUCCCCUUCUUCUGUCAUCACUAAGGCAAUAAACAUUUGCCAGGUGAAA